ACUUUCCCGUUGGAGCACAUGCAGCACGUGAGCUUCUUCAACCGAUAGACCCUAGGAGAUCUUUAUACAUGUAGACCUAAAUGUCUAUAUAAAUUGAAAACAAAUGGAGAAGAAGCCUCUGUGGUUGCAGCCAGUUCGUCAACUUCGUGUUUACAGCAACGAAGCCAUUAUUUUUCAGGAACUGGUAUGUUCACACUAUGGUUCCCAAGAAGAAAAAUGUGGUGGUUGUUUUGGAUACAAGUGGGUCGAUGAAAAUGGCUGUUAACGGAAUCAGAAGUCCUGCGGGGACACCCAGUAAAGGCACUGUCGCGAGGGAGGCGGCAAUGACGGUUAUCGGGACGCUCAGCGCCACAGAUCAUGUGGGUGUGGUUACAUUUAACAGUAAUGCCUUGUCCUCCAUGUGUUCCCCCCACCAAAACAGUCAGGGGAUCCACAUGAUGGUGCCAGCUACCAGUGACAACUUGGAUGCUCUUCAAGAUCUCAUCAACAGUUCAUUGCCCACUGGUUUCACCAAUUAUGGGAAUGCAUUCUCUAAGGCCUUCCAGCUUCUGAGCCGCUCCAAGCAAAUACACCCAAAACAGUUUGAGGAAUCCCUGGACAUGAUUUUGUUCCUGACAGAUGGCACGCCAGAUGACAAACCUGAUGAUAUUCUCGAGGAGAUUGCUAAAGGACAGGCUCUCAUGACCCAUUCUGUACAUGUGUUUGUCUAUGCCCUGGGAGAUGAAAUCUUUCACACUGAAACUCCGGAAAGCUUCCUGAUACAACUUGCUGAUCAGAACAACCUGGUACUCAACAACAGCUUCAGAAACAUGUCCAAACUGAAACUGAAAUGGCCUAUAUUGCUGGAUCUGCAGGACAAUGACAAGCCUGCUGGACCAGUGGGGAACAUCUUCUUCGUUGACAACAGCGAGGGGCAUAAUCUGGCGAGGAUCAUGGGUGAAUACUACUCCCAUUUCCAGGCCAACAGCAGCUCGAAUGUUACCUUCAGUGUCCCCCACAGGGAGCCCAUUACAGGUGUGAAGAUGACCCUCAGUUUGCCGACGCUGGACAGUAGUGGACGCUUCUUCGGUGUCGCAGCGGUAGAUGUUCUUUUAGAGUUGACGUUUUAUGAAGUGGCUCACUUCCACCUCGGCAAAGACAGCUAUGCAUUCUUAGUGGGAAAUUCAGGUGUGGUGUAUCUUCACCCUGAGUUAGCUGUCGGGGGUCGAGAUCUGGACAUCUACACGGUGGACCAACUGGAACCAGGACUGUCAGCCGCUGCUAUUUAUAACAUCACCAAUGGACUGGAAGGUCAAGACAUUGUUAAGAAAUCGGUAGAUCAGGUGCAGAAGGCAGCUGUGUGUUACUAUAGACCUCUGUCAGGAUUCAGCAGCGACUUCAUGGUUGCCCUGGUGAUAUUUGAAGACGACAUUAAACAAAAACAGCUACAGAGUGCCGAUUCUAACAGCUUUCCAGACUUCCUUUACCACCGACAAGGCUUCAUCAAUACCACAUUAGUUGGUCACGAGGAUGUUUGUUAUCGGGACCAAGCACUGGUCAUUUUAGCAAAUGCUACAAUCAAGUUUGCCCCGGGUUCCUUCUGGGACCUGGAGAAGAGUUUGAUGUAUGAGCAGAACAAAAGCUACUCAGAGGCUCACAAUAUCUUCAAGAACACAACAGGAUUUUCACAGCAUGCAGGAGUGACAGAGUCCGUGGCGGGUGAUGUGUUGCUGAUGAACAAAAUUGAUGACCAUUGGAAGAUACCUACAGAUGCUAUAUGGAGGUAUAUUGGGACAGAGAAUGGGGUUUUUAAGGUUUUUCCUGGAACACUAGUACCUGACAUCCUGUAUGACCCCCGAGAGGACCGCUGGUACACAACUGCAGUUAGUCAAUCUCAGAAGUACGUAUUUAUAGCUCACCCUGACCAGAACACAUCUCUCGUCACGCUGGCCAAAGCAUUCCAUCAAACGAGUAAAUCUGUUCAUGGAGUGAUAGCAGCAGACAUCACAGUUCAACAUCUCAUGACGUAUCUCUUCAAUGCCGCCAUAAAAAUCAUAUCCAAAUCAUCUGCUUGGAUCAUCCUAGAUGAUGAAGGGAGUGUACUACUGAAGCUAGAUCACGGAGGACCAGUACAGAUUUCUUCCCAUCUGACGGAGGCGUUACCCGGGGUGGCUAACUGGCUGUUACAGAAAGGGGAUCUACAGAUAAACUGGUGUAGUGAUGUACAGUCGGGGCAUUCCCGCCUGACCUACUCCUUGGAUACAUCUGGAUCGGUGGUGGAUCCAGGUUCUUCUGAUCCAUGCCUGGACUUUCAGGUGGUUCCUAUCCACAAAUCCAACCUGUACGUGAUCAUCUACAAGCCCUCAUCCACAUGCCAUGCUGUGCAGACCAGCUGCUCCUGUACAGAGGUGUGCUCUGUUUGUGAUCAUCUACAGAAAAACAUUUGUCAAUGCCCCUGUAUGUGUUUCAGUAACUACCUGGACAGGUGCACUCACCAGAUCAACAAAACGGAGGGCUACAGACCCUGUCCUGGACCCCACAAACACUGGCAGAUGCAGUCAAUGGAGACCGGGAAGAAGUCGUCCUCUGUGAAGCCCUGUAAACCUGUGUGUACUGCUAUCUCCGGAGCAGCUGAGUGCCAGGCAACUAAGGGAUGUAACUGGUGUAGUGGUGGCCAUUACAAGAACCUCCCUCUGUGCUCAGAGAAGUGUGUCAAAGACAGGGUAGAAGUUCACUUCAGACUGCCUUGUGAACACGAUAGAUUGCUAAACUUUACUGCAAGAAGCACGGAGAUUUUAGACGUUGCUCAGAAGAGGUUGUCUCAGUUCAACAAAGCAGUCGUGCAACUUAAGAACAGCAGUAAUGACACAACCGGAGUCACUCUACUGGUGGGGACCCGUGAUGAGACGGAGAUUCCCCAGGGCUGGAUAAGCACACUCAGUGCACCGGUCCAUGUUGUUUGCAAUGAUUCCAGCAGAAAUAUCGUAUACAUCACGGGAUUUACUGAGUCCACAGAUGCAAGAGUAGAAUUCAUUGUGAGAACAGUGAAUUUAACAAGAGAGCUGGAGACUGCCUUAACUUUGAGAAAUUACAUCCAGAAAGUGGUUCAGGAGUUGGUGAAGAGAGUAACUGAAUUAGAUAUAGCAGACACAAUAUCAGGACUGUGGCUGGAGGAGGAUAAAAUAUCAUUUUGGUUAGAGAGGCCAAAGAAUUCGACACGAGGAUAUUUUGCAGCUCAGCUCCAGAAAUUAAAGCUUGUGAAUGACACAGAAUUGACUCUGCUGGACAGGAACGUGACCAUCAGUAAUGUCUCCGUAUCGGAGAGCUACAGUUCCCUGUGUCCUGCUGUGUGCGGUAGGAGCACAAGCUCCAGAGAUUGCCAAAAAGACAAGGACUGUUUUUGGGAUCGUAUGUACCAUGAAUGUACAGUGACACCUGUGUUACCUGAGAGGAUCCGGGCCAGUGUUUAUCUCCCCUGUCUUGGCCUGUACUGGAACGUAAGCAGUGAGGACGAACACCAGGUGCUUCAGGAGUUUGAAGAAGCCGUUAGAAACAUGACUGGCCUGUCUGACAAGGAGCUGCAUUCUUUUGAAGUCUUUGAGAGUAACAAAUCAAUAGGACAAGUGCUCAACUUCACUGUACAGGGCAUAAUGAACCGGAAUCGUGUAAGUGCCAUCUGGUGGGACCUACGGACACAACUAGACAGGGACCAUAACUUUACACUCACAGUGGGAAUUCGUUCCUAUCGCAGCAGUACUGAGCCAACUUCAGAUGAACAAAUCACAAAUAUGGAAAUAAAUGUGGAAUUUAUUUCUUUGGACACAGAGGAGAUUCUGCAGAACCAGCCAUUAACUGCCAGAAAAGUCAUAGAACAAGAAGUCGUUAAAAUGGCGAAAAAAACCUUGUCACCGAUGGUUGUUAAGACUAUUUCCAAUAUCGCAUUCAAAAAGAGUACAAUCCAGUUCAUGGUGUCAAAGUCACCACAAGAUCCGAGAGAUUUGUUCAAGGAGUACAGACAGUUCUGGGACACGGUAGAACAGGGUCAGCUGAACAUCACACUGUUCAACACCCAGUACACCGCUAACUCCACCUUCAUCAUCGGAAGCUUCGGGGAGCUGUGUCCCAGGCAGUGUCAUGACGGACAUACCGAGGCAGCAUGUUCCACUAUACCGGGAUGUUAUUGGUUGGAUCAGAGUCAGAAGUGUGCUGAUGAUGCACUACUACCAGAAAAGAAACAGGUCACAGUAGUGUUCCCGUGCUCUAAUUUUGAUGAACUAAUCUGUGAUGAGAGAAACAGAUCCCUGAUGAUGUUCAGAGAUGAAGUAGAUAAAUUUGUACAGGGUUUACCCACAGGAGCCAGGGCCCAUUCCUUUUCAUAUGGUGAUGAUUUUAAGAACAGUUUCACGUUCCUAGUUCAGGGGACAGCAAGACGAGCUCCGUUGUCGGGAAUUGUUGCCAACAUUUCCAAGUGGAUCAGUGCUGGACAGCUACAGCUGGUGGUCAACAACAGCCAUGUUAUUGGACAGGACGUUGAAGAUUUCAACAGUGUGGAGAUAGCUAUGCUCUUCCCCCAAGUUGAAUUUUCUGUGUUAGACCUCCAGCAGAGGAGGAAGCUGAAGGAGGGCUUGUUUCAUCAUCUGCGGAGCUACCUGUCGUUAGAUUUCUCUGUUAACAACAUUCAUAAUGUCUGGUUCGAUCAGAAGUAUGUCAUUUUUAAAGUGGAAAGAAACAAUUUGAACUCAUCAGUAAGCAAAGAGAUAGAGAAAUGGAAACAGGUGCUUCAGCUGAAGGCUUUCUCUAUGCAACUAGGACCAGAGAGACUGCAACCCGCAAAGAUGGUUUACCAGGCAAGCCUAGUGGGAUACUGUCCCAUAUCCUGCUUCAACAGUUCUAUCAACUCGCUGUGUAAAAGCACUCAAGGCUGUUUUUACAAUGGAAAGUGGAAUGUGGACCUUUGUCAUGAAAUGAAGCUGAUUUCAAACAGCUUUGUGUACCCCGUGUUCGUAGCAUGCAACAUUACCCAGGGGUUGAGCGCUUCGGAGAUAAUCGAGACGGAACAGGACCUUCGCACUAAGCUGGAGACAAUACUAGGGGAGGCGAAGGAGGUCCUGCAGGAUGCGAUCAUUACACAGGAAGGGGUAGAUGUUACUCUGCAUGCCACCAGUUUACAUCCACAUUUGGAGCUGUAUGUGGACAUGCUGGAGAAGGAAGCAGACUACACCAAGGGCUUCAGCUUUGGCCCUUUAGCAGACAGAAAAAAGUUUUCCCCUCGCAAGAAGGAAGAUUCAACAAAUGUAGAGGUGGUGCUGAAGUUCAGAAGCAUUGAUUUGGAGGCUUUACAGAACCUUCAUCUGACUACCAGACAGGAGAUCACAGAGGAUCUACAGCGACAGCUGGACGGGCUGCUGGUGGGGGAGGUGGCUCGGUCGUUUAAUCUCACCUGGAUACAUCAGGAUAGACUGUCAUUUGAGUUAAAAAAGUCGGCAACAAGUACAGUUAAUAUGGCCAAAGAGAUGGACAAAAUAUUGAACGCUGUUAAAAACAGUCAGAUCACACUCCAUAUUCACUACAUCAGACCCAUAGUGGCCACAGAGUUGUACACUGUCAGGACGUUUAAGGAACUCUGCCACGAGAAAUAUCGGGACUUUUCCUCCGUCCCACCGGUGAUGACAACUGUAGACAGUCUCAAUAUCUCAUUUACUUCAGUACCUACCAACAAGCCUGAACUGAUUGUGAUCUACAAUGCUUCAGAAAUCUCCUACACUGAGGCUCAAGCCAUCGUCAUAGAUACAGUGAACACCUGCUUAGUAGAGAUCCACUCCUGUGAAUACUGCAGCAGUCAUUUCUCCCGAGAUUCCUGUUCUUUUGAUGCACAAACUACUGCCAGCCCUGAAUCUACGACUUACAAGGCUGAUGUCACAACAACUGCACUCAAUCCGGAUGACCAGAUCAACUUUGGAGCGGUCACUAUUACCAUAAUGGUGACGUCUGGGUGUUUUCUAUGGGCACUGGCACUAUGGGCAGCAGAUUACGUGAGAAAGGCAACCACAAAGAAAUCAAAAUUCAAACGGAAAGCGAGAAGAACGGAGAUUGAGGAGACGCAGCAGUGAUUGUACGAUUGAAUAUCUGUACAAAUAAAAUACGUCAAAUUUG